AGUAUUUAGUAGAAAGAGAAACUGUUAAGACGUUUUCUCUCUUGCUUGUUAUAGAAGCUGUUUUAUUCGGACAGAUCUUCACUGGUAUGUGAUUAAAAAUGUAUUUAUCUGAACAGUGAAUUAUUGUUCAUGUUAAUUUAAAUGCCUUAAUCGAUAACUGAUCACCUUACAGCAACUUAUUUUCAAAGGGCUAGGUGUUCGGCUAAUAUUGAGAGGAAACUUUGUUCCGGGUAGGAUAAAAUGGCAGUACACCUGUUCUUUUUUUAGUUGGAGACAUCCAGUGGUUUCGGCCACUUUGCAUAUUCAGAAUAAAUUUGUUUUGUUUUUUCUUUCAGAACAAUUCUACCUUCUCAGUAUUGGGUGCAGGCAACUAUUAACAGAACAGCCGUCUUCCAUUUGUUAGGCUUGCUGUAAAUCUCAGCUGAAAACGACUUUUGAAUUGAUAUGUAAUUUAUAUGUACGCUACUUGUUUGUCUGUGUCAUUCUUGUAAAAGAGAUUAAUUCUUUCACUUUUAACUUAACUAAAUAAUGAUUACUGGUUAAUGAUUAUUGUGAAGGAGUGGUGACAUCCAUUAUGUGAUAACGUGAAUUCUGCAACAACGUUUUGUAAAAGCCGGUGGAUUAUAUAAGAAAUGGCAGAACCCUUCUCAACACCACCAAAAUGCAGACAUAGAAGAGGCAGUAUUGACUUGCCGCCAUUUAUGAAUAGCCACAGCAUUCCUCUUCAGACUGAGGAACGCAAGUGUCCAGUGUGUCUGGAUGUGUUCACAGAUCCGAUCACUACUCCAUGUGGACACAACUUCUGCAAGAGCUGUCUGAAAGAAUGCUGGGACAACAGUCAGGAUUACAAAUGCCCAUAUUGUAAAGAAACAUUUAGCAAAAGACCUGAAUUAAAGAGCAACACAGUUCUUAGAGAAAUUGUGCAACUCCUUGACAAAAACACAGCCCAGUUAUGCGUCAGUGGUCCAUUAUCUGAGGAGCUCCACUGUUCCAUCUGUUUGGAUAUAUUCAGUGAUCCGGUCACCACUCCAUGUGGACACAACUUCUGUAAGAUCUGCCUGGAAAUGUUCUGGGACAACAGUCAGAAAUGCAUUUGCCCAUUUUGUAAAGAAACAUUCAACAAACGUCCUGAUCUAAGGUGCAACACGGUUCUUAGAGAGAUUGUGCAACUCUUUGAGAAAAACACAGGCUACAAAAGGGAACCCGUGAUGACUGAAUAUUCACAACCAUUAGAAACGGAGGACCAAGAAGAGACUCUGUCCAAACCUUCAGUAACAGCUUCUUCAAGCUGCGUCCUGACAGAAAACCUUCAGUGUUUAAUUUGUCUGGAGCUGUCCACUGAUCCCACGAUGACCCCAUAUGGACAUAACUUCUGUAAAGCCUGCCUGAAGGAAUGCUGGGAAAGCAGUCAUGAUAACACAUGUCCAUGCUGUAAAGAAGAUUUCACCAAGAGAGUGGAUCUUAGACACUGUGAGCAUCUGUUGUCUCAGCCUGAAAUCCUGAUGUGGCAGAGCUCUUACCUGGACUCUCAUGAGAAAGUCAUAAACAUAAAGCAAGUCGUGAUGCUUGACCUUGUGGAGGAUAUCAAUCCUAAAAUAAUCCAGAAAUAUAACAUAGCUCUGCAGAUGUUCUGUGGAGAGGAUCAGAUGUCUGUGUAUCAGUCCUGCACUGAGGGAGACCACAAGACUCACAACACCGUUCUUGUAGAAGACAAGAGUAAAGAGAAAAAGACUCAGGAGAUGAAGACGCACACGUUUGUGCAGCAGAUGAUCCAGGACACAAUGAAGAUAGAUCAAGAAAUCAAACACUCUGAAAUGAAAAUGAGCAAAAAAUACAAAAGUGAAGAGAAAGAGGAAGCAGACAACAUUGAGCUCUGCACUGAUCUGAAUUACACCGAUGAGAAAUGUCAGACUCAGGAGAUGAAGACGCGUGUGCAGCAGAUGAUCCAGGACACAAUGAAGAUAGAUCAAGAAAUCAAACACUCUGAAAUGAAAAUGAGCAAAAAAUACAAAAGUGAAGAGAAAGAGGAAGCAGACAACAUUGAGCUCUGCACUGAUCUGAAUUACACCGAUGAGAAAUGUCAGACUCAGGAGAUGAAGACGCGUGUGCAGCAGAUGAUUCAGGACACAGUGAAGAUAGAUCAAGAAAUCAAAAAAAAUGAAGAGAAAGAGAAAGCAGACAACAUUGAGCUCUGUGCUGAUCUGAAUUACUCCAUUGUGAAAUGUCAGAUGACACUUUUUGAGCACUGGGCGAAGACCAGGAUGCAAUUUGUCAUUUCUGCUUUCAUCCUCUUGUAUCCACAGGAUGUGGCCUUUGCUGUCAAAUUCAGUAACCUUUCUUUUUAACCAAUAAUUCUGUUAAUAUAUUUAGAAAAAUUAAAAUGAUAUUACAUAUUUUAAUCACAAGUCCACGUGGUUGUUGGGUCUAUUACUCUUUAGUAUCAUAAUCCUGUUGAUGAAUUCAUGUUAAAAAUCUUUUUAAUGUAGUUUAUAUUUGCUUGUUAAAUGUGACCCUGGACCACAAAACCAGUCAUAAGAGUCA